AUGUCGCCCACAGAAAAGGAAAACACUACAGAGCCAGUCGACAAAGAAGCCAUCCGCAAGUUGAUCAACGAGCUCGAGGGCAAACUCGAAGCUCUAUACACCCUCAGCGACGAGAUCAACAGAGGUAUUCUCGAGAGCAAAGAUGCGCUCGAAAGCCUCCGCGAGAAGCGCGUCAAGCUUAUCAGAGCGCGAUUGGACCAGACCUUCCAGCAGUGGAACAUCGGGUCUCUGACUAGCAACCAUCAACCUUCAACCCAGAACCAGGGUCAGAAUCAGAGUCAGAAUCCGGGUCUCGGCCCUGUUCAAGGAUCGAGCCAGGCGCCGACUCUAGCUGGGAUCAACCAACAAGGGCAGUUCGGUUUGCCAUGGUAG